UGAUCCUUGUAAAUAAACUAUUUUUAACCAUGUCGAAGGAAACUUCUCUAAAUAAAAACCACAAACUAUACAUUAUAUCCCUGAACAUCAACGAUUGCUUGGGCUGCGACACGGUGCACGUGGAAUUCUCGAGAACUGACAAUGUGCACGUAAUCGCUUAUGAAAUUGACAAGGAUUUUUCGUAUGAUCUGUCGGCAAUAACACCCGUGGCCCAGGCCAUUCAAUUGCUCUGCACCCUGACCUUUCCGGAUGGCGAGAGUCUAUCAAAGAUUCCCCAACUGAAUAUCGGUAGGGGAAGCGUUUCCUUGAACUUCGAGAUGGCUUCAUUAUCAAAAGUCGAGGAGGUGGUCAGCGAUCUGGACGAGACGCCCUGCACCUCGAGACAGGCUGAGGAGCGACAUCGUCGGCGAAUGAAGCGCAAGAAGGAGGAGUCCAUGAGAAUUCUCCAACCCGAAGUUAUCCAGGUGACUGUGAUGCGCCGCUUCGAUGACUUAAAUUUUCUGGACUUGGUUUCCUACACCAUCGACGAAGGCCAGACCGAAAUCCUGACCAUUUCGGAGUUCCACGAAAGGUUCUUUUUGCGUCCCCAGCACUCGGACAAUUUUUUGAAGGAUCUCCAUCAGAGAUGCGCUGGAAACUGGCUUAAGCUUAUCCGACGCGAAACUAGUGGCGAUCCCUUCACCAGCUACAAAGAACCCGAAAGCCCAUUUGAUACCUUCGUGAAGCUUUUUUGUAGCCAGGAAAAUGAACCGCAGCCGCUGCUCUGCAAUUUGGCCACAACCUGUGUGGAAGUAGAUGACGCGACGCGUCUUGCAGAGCGAAGAUUUGUACUGGAAGUUUUUGACCAGGUGCGUCAGAUAUUCGAGUACAUCACAUUUGAUGAGUAUUCCGUUUGGUUUUUGGUUCCUCAUCCCAAUAAUAUAGAGCAAGUGGAUCCUGUGACGCUCGACGACUUUGAUUUGACCAAAGUGCGAACCUCAAUUCGAUUCGCUGGCGAUACUAGGAAUGUUUACUGGGACUAUACUAAUCACAAUAUUAAGGACUUACUCUUCGUGGCAUUUCAAUUAGCCCUGGCUACCAAUGUCAAUCAAUCGGUUCUGGUUAUCAGCCAUUUGAAAACGCUGUCUGAGUUUUUAACACUGCAAUAUAUGACUGCCCACUUUAUGAACGAUUGCGACGACCAGCAACCCUCGGAUUCGAAAUGGAUUUCCCAUCGCUAUUUGCAGCGCAUCGUUGAGACGGCUUUGUUUAUGGGCACAAUUGUUAUUAUCGAAUAUCCAAGUUCCUUUACAUUAUUGGAUGAAGGUCGCCAGUUGAUAAAGUGCUUUCCAAAUCAUUUUAUGGGAUCAUCGGAUGCAUUGGAAUGGGAUAUAUUCGAGGAUGUUGUUAAGAACAAUGAGUCAAACUUGGAUUUUCUCAAGGAGGCCACAAACCAGAUAUCUAUGUAGUUUGCAAAAGAAUUUAUUAGCUUAGCCUCGAACAAAAUUCAUUUAUCUGCCGUCUGCGGCUUUCACACGCAAAUAUUUCCAUGCUCAUUUUCUAAUUACGCCACA